AUGGCGCCACAAGCGGCCUUGGAACCCGAGGUAGUGGUCAAUGGCGAGGGAAAGCCAGUUCCCAACGAUAUUGCCCCGACAAAUGCGGCUGUGAAACAGGUCAACAGCAAUGGUAUAGUUGCUGAGGCUUCAGAGUUCCAUUACCCACCAAUUAUACAAGAAGCCACCCGGUACACUGUCCUUAAACAGUAUCACUCGAAACCUACAAAACUGCGGGUUGCGUGUAUUGGCGCUGGUGCUUCUGGCCUCUGCUUGGCCUACAAGAUGGAGAGGACGAUGGUUCAAGGUUCAUGGGAGCUUACACUGUUCGAGAAGAAUGCGCACUUUGGAGGAACUUGGUAUGAAAACACGUACCCAGGCGUGGCAUGCGAUAUCCCAUCACCCUUGUAUACCUUCUCAUGGGACCCCAAACCAGACUGGACCCACUAUUUUGCUUACGGGGACGAGAUUCAGAGAUAUUUCGAGGAUUUCGCAGAGCGACACGGAUCCAAGAAGUAUAUGAAGCUCAAUACAAGGGUUGUCGAGGGUCGGUGGGACGAGCAGAAAGGGGUUUGGUGCCUGACCUUGGAGGACCAAGUGACCAAAGCAACGUGGCAUGAUUGGUGCCACUGCCUCAUCAAUGGAACGGGGAUCCUCAAUAAUUGGAAGUGGCCCGAGAUUGCAGGAUUGCAUGAUUUUGCAGGUCCAAAGAUGCAUUCCGCUGCCUGGGAUCACUCCGUUGACUUUGCGGGAAAGACAGUUGGUGUUAUUGGUACUGGCAGUACGAGUGUUCAGAUUGUGCCAGCGCUCCAAAAGGAGGCCCAAGAAGUUAAGGUCUUCAUGCGGUCGCCAACUUGGAUCUCGCCGCCGUUCGGCGGCGGUGUGUUGGAGCAGGACUUACGAAAGGGCCAAGAGGGUAAUGCGCAGCCGGGCAACAGACAAUACAAGUUCACGGACGCAGACAAGGACAAGUUCAAAAGCGAUCCUGAGUAUUAUCUCAAGUUUCGUAAGCGCAUAGAAGCCGAGAUCAACUCCUUAUUUGGCAUGUACCAGCAGGGUUCAGAAAUGUCAAAUGCAUUUCGCAGGGCAAGACAACCCAACCCGACCAACGGAAUAUCGCAAUGGGCACCCGGCUGCCGCCGUAUUUCUCCAGGCGAUGGCUAUCUCGAAGCCCUGGUGCAGUCGAAUGUAGAACCGGUGUUCGGCAACAUUAAAGAAAUAGUCCCCGAGGGGGUCGUCACUGAAGGCGGCGAGUUGCACAAAAUGGACAUCCUAGUCUGCGCGACUGGUUUCAAUGUUGCGUUCCGUCCGGCUUUCAAGCUUAUCAAUGCGGCUGGCCACACUUUGGAUGAGGACUGGGGCGACAGCGUCAACCUGUACUUGGGGGUAUCCGCUCCGCGGUUUCCCAACUACUAUACCAUCGUAGGACCUGGCGCCACUUGGUCGUCGGGAACACUGCUGCCAUCGAUCGAGACGACGAUUGAGUACGCAAUCAAGACCAUGAAGAAGAUUCAGCACGAAAAUAUCCGGUCGCUGGAUGUCAAGCAAGAUGCACUAGACGACAUAUAUGCCCAUUUCGACGAGUUUCACAAGACCACGGUAUUCCAGGAGGAGUGUCGUAGCUGGUUCAAAGAUGGAAAGAUCAAGAACAGAAUAUACCUGUGGCCUGGCUGUACAAUCCACUUCCUGAAAACCAUCAAGGAGCCUCGGUUUGAGGACUACGAUAUACGGUACCGUUACAGCAACCGGUUCGCGUUUUUGGGGAACGGGGAAGUCAAGGCCAAUGUAACAAAAGAUGUAGAGGGCUUAAGUACCUAUGUGCGAGGCUCCGACCACGAGUGGAACGUCGAACAAGCGCUAAACGUUGCCCUGAGUAACAAGGCGGAUAGAACUUCAAUCCACAGCUAUAUGCAUAUACUCUUCCUUGGAAGAUUAUCGGCCGGCACAUUGUUCUUGACUGGCACCGCACCAGCUAUAUUGGCAUUGAGCCAGAGCUUAGGCAGAGGCCACAGAGUCAAUGAGCCUAUACGGCAUCCUCAGCAGACUCGUGCGGGCCGCGCUUCUGACAAUCGUACCGGUCUCGAGAUCAUGGCAGCUGUGGUGUGCCAUGCGUCCAAAACCGUCGGAGCCAACGGCCAUUACAGGGACUCGCAGGCAUGA